CAUGUCCUGACGGCGACCCCGCAAAGCUGUGGCAGCGUCGCUGUCCGCCGGUUGUUCGCACGCUUCCUCCCAAUGAUGGAUAAUCUUUAAUAGGAGGGACUGCGAGACGGAACGUGUGUGGAAGCAUAGCGCUGUCGUGUCGAUCACUCCAUCAUGACCAAAGAGGAGGAGAUCCCCGACUGGGUGGGUGCCCAGGAGUUCUACGAAAAUUAUGAGCCCAAGGAGAUUCUGGGACGGGGAGUAAGCAGUGUGGUGCGCCGCUGCGUGGACAAACGGACGUCUCAGGAGUACGCCGUGAAGAUCAUUGACGUCACCCCCUCGGACAAGAUGACCCCGCAGGAGAUCGAGGAGAUCAGGGACUCAACGGUGAAAGAGAUUGACAUCCUCAAGAAAGUCUUCGGACAGGAAAAUAUUAUACAGCUAAAAGAUUGCUACGAAUCCAAUGUAUUCUUCUUCCUGGUUUUUGACCUGAUGAGAAAGGGUGAACUUUUUGACUACCUCACAGAGAAAGUAACCCUGAGUGAGAAGGAAACAAGGAACAUCAUGCGUGCUCUGCUGGAUGUGGUUCGUUUUCUCCAUGACCAGAACAUAGUCCAUCGAGAUCUCAAGCCUGAAAACAUCCUUUUGGAUGACCAGAUGAACAUCAAACUCACAGACUUUGGCUUUGCCGUGCAAAUCCAGUCAGGACAGAAGCUUAAAGAAGUGUGUGGGACUCCUGUUUAUCUUGCUCCCGAGAUCAUCCAGUGCUCCAUGGACUCUGGCCAUGAAGGAUACGGAACGGCUGUGGACAUAUGGAGCGCGGGUGUGAUCAUGUACACACUCCUGGCUGGCUCCCCACCCUUCUGGCACAGGAAACAGAUGCUGAUGCUGCGUAUGAUCUUAACCGGAAAUUACAGGUUCUCAUCCCCUGAAUGGGACGACCGCUCUGACACGGUCAAAGAUUUGAUUACUCGGAUGCUUGUAGUGGACCCGAAGCAGCGUUACACAGCCGUCGACGUGCUUAACCAUCCGUUCUUCUCCCAGUAUGUGGUAGACGAAGUCCGACAACUGAGUCCGUACAGAAAAUUCAAGGUCAUCUGUCUCACGGUACUCGCCACCAUGCGCAUCUACUGCAGCUACCGCAGAGUAAAGCCCGUCACCAAGGAGGUGAUCAAGAGUGACCCGUAUGCGGUCAAGCCCAUUCGCAAGCUCAUUGACGCGUGCGCCUUCAAGAUCUACGGCCACUGGGUCAAGAAGGGCCAGACGCAGAACAGAGCGGCACUUUUCGAGAACACUCCUAAGGCCAUCCUGCUAUCUAUAGUGGCAGAGGCGGACGAGCCAGUUCAGCACAUCUGGUAAUCAACGGCUGGUAAAUGGUGGGGCACUAACCACAUCAAUCGGCUAACAUUAGCUCCCCCAAAAAUUAAUAUGUAUACAUUUUUAGUUAGCUUGCAUACGCAAAUAAUGGUAAACAAAAAUGUAUUGAUUCUUUUUCAUGGUCACCUCGUGUGUAAAUGGAAUUAACAAAAAUGCUAAUUCUUUUUUUACACAUCUAUUAACUCAAAAAGAAAAAAGAAAAACAGCACCAUCUGCUUGAGCUGGUGAGACACUGCACCAUAUUGAUAGUGUAGUCAUUGCUGUGGUUUAUUUUACAAGACAACAUGCAUACGGUUUACUAAACUAUGUAACCAAGUAUAUGACAUUUGCUGGGGAGAAAUAAAAAUUGUUCACUAUGCAUCUUUCUGAGAUUGAGCCAGCCGAUGUCAUUGGCACAUUAACUUGUAUUAUGUGAAUUUCAUGGCACAACCAGUUAUGUAAUUUUGCUACCCAUUAUUUAAAAGUUUUAAUAUUAAAUUGAAAACACUAAGGCUUGCACACAGGUUUUGGUUAUUUUCAAGAACUGUCAAUGAAUGGAAAUACUGGCUAGUGCAUAAGCUUUGUUAAUGAACUGAUGAAGCCUGCUCACGUGAGAGGUGAAAACGCCUUCCAAGACAAACGAAACAGUACAGUUGCGAUGAAUUCAAUGCCCUGAGAAUGAAAGGACCUGGCUGAAUGAGAAUAUUCACAGGCAUGUCAAAGAAUGGAGUAAUGAAUCGCUCUAUCAUCCCAAUCAGACACUGACACUUCUCGAGUCCAUAACCUCAUGUUCUGACACCUCUUGAAGAAUAAACCAGUAGUCAAUACCACGGAAGCUUGGUCAGAUGUUAAUUUGACUGGCAUGGUUGUACUUUGUGGUAAACCCAAUUGCCAUGUGACCACAACAACAGUACACCCCUUAAUGACGAACAGAAUUUUUCAUAAACCUUAGUUUCAGAAUAAAAUACAAUGUUUUAUGGAAAUGGAAACCACAAUGUGACAGUUGGUAUUAAACUUUAUUUUUCCUUGAUAUGUAUAAGAGGGUACAAUAAAUUAUC